AUGUCUUCUAGAUAUCGUGUUGAAUAUGCCCUUAAAUCACAUAGAAGAGAUGCGUUCAUAGAAUGGAUCAAGACACUAUUAGCAGUUCCUUUUGUUUUACAUGCAGUUCAUGGAUCUACCAUCACUGGUGAAGAAUCAGGCAAAGAAUCUAGGAAAAGGUACGCUGAAAUCUUUAGUGAUAUUGAGAGACUUAUCAAUGAUGAUAUACAGGCCCAAAAAGACGGGAAAUUGGAAUUAUCCAGGCUAAGGCAGCUAGUUCCGGAAUUGGGACUAAUGUUUACCCCAUUGCCACUUGAAGAAGCUUUCUACAUUGAAGAUAAGAGAAGAAGUAUUUCUGAAAGAAGAUAUGUCAGUCCAAGUUUUAACGAUGUUAGAAGUAUUUUGGUUACCGCACAGGUGUUGGAAUUAGCCAAGAGUGGUCUCAAGCUUGUUACAUUCGAUGGGGAUGUUACUUUGUAUGAUGAUGGAGAAUGCAUUGCUGCUGAUUCGCCAUUAAUUGGUAAAUUAAUAGGGUUAUUGGAAAACAAUAUCCACGUUGGCAUUGUCACUGCUGCUGGGUAUUCUGAAAAAUCUGGUAAAAAAUAUUAUAUCAGAUUGAAGGGGUUAAUUGAUGCGGUUAGAGAGACAGAAAGAUUGACCGUGGCACAAAAAGAGAUGUUGUAUAUCAUGGGAGGUGAAUCUAAUUUCCUCUUCAAAUAUGAUACCGAAAGUCAACGGUUGAAAUACAUCCGCCAUGAAGACUGGUUAUUACCAGAAAUGCAAUCUUGGACCGCUGAAGAUAUGGAGAAAGUUUUGGAUAUUUCCGAACAGUGUCUCAGCGAUUUAAGCGAAAAGCUUCAAUUAUCGGCGGAGAUAAUUAGAAAGGAAAGAGCCAUUGGUAUUGUUGCCAAACUGGGCUCGAAGUUGAUUAGAGAACAACUCGAAGAGAUUGUUUUAUCUGUGCAAAAGAAAUUGGAGAAUGAUGAGGUAGCUCAAAGACUCAAAUUCUGUGCUUUCAAUGGAGGAUCUGAUGUCUGGGUUGAUGUUGGGGACAAAAGUUUGGGAGUCAACUCUUUACAAAGAUUUUUGGGAGGCAUUAAACCCCAAGAAACCUUACAUGUUGGGGACCAGUUCUUGUCUGUAGGGGCCAACGACUUCAAGGCCAGAUUAGUGUCCUGCACCGCCUGGAUUGCCAGUCCAUCGGAGACUGAGCAGUGCAUCAGCGAUCUUUUGGAAUGGAUCUGA